AUGGACACCCCACCCCCCAUCCGCAUCCUCCGCGCCUUCUCUCCCGAGACGCAAAUCUCCCAGUUCCGGCCCACAGACCCAGUCUCACGAGCGCCCACACCCCUCCUGACCAACGAUAUCCGUCACGCCGCAGUCUACCAUGCCAUGACAUGUGCUCUGGCACUCGUAACUUCCAACGAGGGUCCGUCGGGGCUGCAUUGGGCGGGGGCAUUGGCUGAGGAAGCGUGGUACGGCCCGCAGGGCGGUGAGGAUGAGGACUGGUCGACAAAGCAGUUGGAAAGGAUGAAAAUGGCGGAGGAGGGGUUUAUGGGGGCCUUACGGGAGGAAGGGGUGAGCGUCGUUUUGUGGGAGGGAGGGAGGCUAGAUGAGGGGUUUAGGGGGCAGGCUAAUCCCUGGGAGACGGGUGUUUAUGGGGAGGGCGAUGGGGAUGAGGAGGGAAAGGGUUCAGGUUGGAAUGAGGUGUUUGUGAGUAACUUUAUGGUCGUCGCCAUGAUCGAAGCCAAACGCUACUCCCCAACCAGCGCCGACAGGCGCGACGCCUACCCCCGCUUCAUAAUUGAGCUGGUCCUUACCUUGGCCCACGGACUGGUGUACUGCUUUAUUAAAUAUCUGCGGGAGCACUCCCCUCCAAACCCCCUUAAGCAGCGGCUCCUCCCGAAAGGUCUGGACCAGAUGUGGGAUCAAGCAGUGUUUCAGGGUACGCUUGUCUCAUUGAAGACGCCAGGCCAUCCCAUGAAUAAUUGGCAGUGCGGAGUGUUGUGGUUUGAGAAGGAUAUUGGUGCGGGGGAUGGUAGAAGGGGGGAUAGUCGAGGCCCUUUGGGGGCGAGGAAGGUGGAUUUUACUAAGAUUAUUCUGCUUUUUAAUCGCUGGGAUGGUACCGAGACGGAUCCGCUGGUGGAUCGCAGCGAUCUGGAGUGGGUGCCGAGGUUUCUCAAGAAUAUCCCUCUGUUGGAAGAAGAAGUCGAGCAGAAUAUAUAUUGGGCUGUUCAUGGACAGAAGGCGCACUUUCAUAACUGUAAGGCAUGGACGUGGGGCCUUUAG